AAAAGUUUUAUAUCUCUGACCCAGGUUGUAGCUGAGAGGACUUUGCUGCUGCCGAAGAUGCCGUCCAGAACGAAUUUGGCUGGUUCGAUCCCAAGCAGCAAAGUGAAAUAUUCUAAGCUCGCUUGCACCGAUGAAGGAUACAUUGAUUUGCAGUUCAAGAAGAGCCCUCCGAAGGUUCCCUACAAGGCGAUUGCCCUGGCCACGGUGCUGUUCCUGAUUGGGACCCUUCUCAUCAUCAUUGGUGCGCUCCUUCUUGCUGGAUACAUCAGCCAAGGUGGAACUGAUCGCGCCAUCCCCGUCCUGAUCAUCGGAAUUCUGGUUUUCCUUCCGGGCUUCUAUCACUUGCGUAUCGCGUACUUUGCUUCCAAAGGCUACCGGGGCUAUUCCUACGAUGACAUCCCUGAUUUUGAUGAUUAGAAGACUAAAGAACAUGGAGGUUUGGGCCAGUGGGACCCCAACCUGGGCUCCAGGAGGAAGAUGUGAAAAUAAACUAAUCGAGUAAUGCUCUCUUUGGAUGAUGCAACAUAGCAGCUGUUGUACACGUUAAGGAUUUCUUUUAUAGGACUUUUGUUUCUUUCUUCGGUAGGAUUUUUGUUUCUUUUUUUCCUCUCUGGCUAACCAGAGAAUUAGCCACAUCAUGUGCGGGAGGUCAUGUGAGACAAGCCUUUGCUUCGAGAAGGGAAGUUCUUGACAGAUGUGUUCCCACGAAGCAGAACAUCUGUGCCAGUUUGAGAGAGAAAAUCUCAGGUUUUUAAUAGGCAUUUCUACUCCAUUUCCCUUCUUUCUCUAGAGCAGAACCUUUGCAAAGCUGGCAUCUGGAUCAAGGGACAAAAGUUUGAGUGCUAAUGAAAUGUGUUUAGGCAAGUGGCCAUGCAAAAAGAACGUUGACUUCUCUUGUUGGUCGAGUUGUUGAAUUGCCACAUCUAAUGUAAGCCUGCCGGCCUGCUGAUGGCUCUUGGGGGAACCUUGAUUGCUUCACUAAGCUCCAUUCAGGUAAAACGUGGAAAGUUAAAACUUGGCCAGUCUAGAGAUGAGGUAGAACCAUUCUGAAGUUAAAUUAGAGUGCUCCAAACAUGGUGCGCUCCAAAAAUCCUAAUACCAUGUGGGCUGCGGCCAACAAAUGAGAGCCAGGAGACCCUUCAUGUUUUAUCCUUUGCGGGGGGUGGGAAGGCAUUCCUUCUCUCUCAAGCUGGCCUGAAUUUUUGCUGGGUCGGGAAGUGUCCCCAGCUUGUCCUCAUGAAGCAAAGGGUGGAGGAUUGUUCCAAUCCCCACUUGAUCUCUUUGGGAUCUUGGUGAAGAAGUGAUAGGAGAUUUUGUGAUCAGGUUCAGUUCUCUCCCCUCCAAGAUUUUCAACCUCUUUCCCUGACUUUGGAUCAGGGAUCCAUUCCUAGGAUCCCCAGAUCCUGUUCCAGGGCUAAGAGUAAGCCAAAAGUGGGGUGGGAAGAUCAGACAGAAUUGGGUUGUGACCCACCGCUCAGUGCCUGAUGAGGAUCUGUCAGAAAAGAAUGCAGUUUAUUCUCUCCUGAAGCACAUUCCAGAGACAUCAGAAUGAAACUAUACGCAAAAAUAGCUCAAAUGCAGAGGCGGAAAAUUAAACACUCGGUUAAAAAGUGCCCCUUUCCCUACAAACCCAUUCUCUGUUCCGUGCCUUUUGAAACGGCCACAUUUUAGUGAGACCAAAAGCCUGAUUGAAGGGAUGAAGAGACCUGGCUAGGUGUCCCCAUGAAAAGACGGAAAGAUUGGAAAAUGAAAACGCCGUGCAUGUGUGUAUAUGCGCAAACACGUGCACGCAUGAGCAUGCAAUUUGGAGCCCUCAAAGUGGUGACAUAAGCUGUUUGAAGUUGGCGUGGCUGUCUGGAUCAGCAGCUCCAAAGCGAGGCUGCGCUAGUUUUUGCAUUUGUUGAUGUUGAGGUAACCAAGAUUUCUUGAAUGGUUUUCCGGUAGACUGCCCGGAUAAAUUGCCUUGCGCUACGCAGAGCCCCUGGACUUGUUUUCUGCCAGUGACUGAUUGGCAUUUCUUUUUCUCUCUGGACUUUGGCCAAGUUUGCAGCCUGUGGAAUGCGAAAGAAAUCUUAAACAUGUAUUGAAAAGCUUAAUCUGCAGAUGCCGGUUGCCUACUUAUUAUGAAUAAAGAACUUGAGAUGUUCA